UAAUGAUCAUAACUUCCCUUUAAGCGAGGCAGGAAAUUGUUUUUGGACUUCCUUCCUUCCCCUGCCUCCCUCCCUUUGCCAGAAACUCCCCCUCAUUUGCCUUCUCCAUCCAAUUUCUGUUCCAUCUUCACCUAAAAAAAUUGAAGCAAGAGGGAGAAGAAAAAAGAGAAAGAAGCUCCACUUUGUUUUUUGUUUUGUGAUCAUUUCCCUCUGUUCAUCUUUGUUUGUUGUAUUGUUGUUUGGUUUUUGUCUUUGUUUUCGUCAAUCUUUAUCCAUAUCUUUUCUUCUGUCGUUUGUAGUUAUUAGGUUUGAGGCAAGAAAUAAUUUUUUACUUUAUCCAUUAAAAAUCUUGCCAUAUCAAUACUUCAAAUCAACGAGUGGAAAGAAAAGGGAAAGGCAGGGAAAAGUAACGAGAAUUAUAAAAGUGAGCAUUUGAUUAGUUCAUUUAAAAAUAUCUAAAGUUGUGGGAGGGAACUCCUUGAUUGAACAUGAGUUGCUUUUCGUGCUUUUCAUCUCAAGAAAAGAAGGCAUCAAGGAGAGCAAAUAGUGCAAGAACAUCAGGAAACUCAUCUCCCGUCCCUCUCAUAAGGGAGAAUCAAGUUGCCCAACAACCUCGGUCUCUCCAUGCUGAGAAUUUGAAAUCUCAAGGAAAAAAUAACCACAUUAUCCAUAAGGAAACAACAAUAUCGACAACAAGGAAGGACAACCACAAUGUGACCAGCAAAGAAAAUUCAUCCUCCCCCAACAACAUCGCGGCUGAGACCUUCACAUUUCGAGAACUCGCCACCGCCACCAAGAAUUUCAGACAAGAAUGUCUGAUUGGAGAAGGCGGGUUCGGUAGGGUUUACAAGGGACGACUUGACAAGACUAACCAAAUUGUGGCUGUAAAGCAACUUGAUCGGAAUGGUCUACAAGGAAACAGAGAGUUUCUCGUUGAAGUGUUGAUGUUGAGCCUAUUACAUCAUCACAAUCUAGUAAAUCUUAUUGGAUAUUGUGCUGAUGGAGACCAGAGGCUCCUCGUUUACGAGUAUAUGUCCAAAGGUUCUGUCGAAGACCACCUUCUAGAUCUUCCACGAGGGAGAAAGCCAUUAGAUUGGUUUACGAGGAUGAAGAUAGCAUUGGGUGCAGCAAAAGGGUUGGAGUAUUUGCAUGAUAAGGCCAAUCCACCGGUGAUAUAUCGAGACUUGAAAUCAUCAAACAUCCUCCUUGAUAGCGAAUUCACUGCCAAACUCUCUGAUUUUGGGCUCGCCAAGCUUGGACCCACAGGAGAUAAGACCCAUGUCUCGUCUAGGGUAAUGGGAACUUACGGAUACUGUGCACCUGAGUAUCAAAGAACUGGGCAAUUGACUAUAAAAUCUGACGUAUAUAGCUUUGGCGUCGUAUUGUUGGAGUUGAUCACUGGAAGGAGAGUAAUUGAUACCAACCGGCCUUCUAACGAGCAAAACUUAGUCACUUGGGCACAACCAGUGUUUAAGGAUCCAAGUAGGAUCAAGGAACUUGCAGAUCCUCUCUUAAAUGGUGAGUUCCCGAUUAGAGGGUUGAAUCAAGCGGUGGCUGUAUCGGCUAUGUGUCUUCAAGAGGAAGCUGGGGUUCGGCCAUUGAUGAGCGAUGUGGUGAGUGCUCUCAGCUUUUUGGGGGCUGUGCCAGAAAUGGGGAAUUCAGUGAAAAUGGUGGGUUCUUUGGAUUCUUCAGUGCAAGAACAGAACAACAAUAGUGGUGAGCUUCGACAGGCGAUAAUGGAGGUGGCGAAUCCACAAGAGCGACAAAGGGCGGUGGCAGAGGCAAUUGAGUGGGGAGCCAACUCUAGGCAUGUGGCAGUGCAGGGUGGAGCAACUUCGGCAAAUUGAUUUUCAUUCCUAAUUUAAUAAAAAUAUUUAUAUUUCUUGCCAUCAUAUUGUGAAGAUUUGAAAAAUGAUUACAAAAUGGUAUGAUAUGGUUUGGAAUGAUCAAUGUUUAUGAAGUUCUUGUGUUUCAUUUUCACAUUCAAUAUCUCAAACUUAUCUCAUUCUAUUUUUCGAAUAUUAAAUCAUUAUAAAUCAUAUACGGCUAUAAAGUUCUUAAUGUAUAUACACUAUGAAGAAAAAAAAUAGAAUUCAAACUAAAAAUACUAAUCAAC